AUGGCUCACCAAGUCAUGGUCCGUCCGCAGCCGGCCCACGGCCACCGGAGACGCGGCGUCGGCGAGGUGGCCGGCGGCGUCGCGGCCGACUGCGCAGCCGUGUGCUGCUGCUGUCCUUGCACGGUCGUCAACCUCGUCGUCCUCGCGGUGUACAAACUCCCCAAGAGACUCGUGAAGAAGGCUGCGAAUAAGAGACGGCGCCGUUUGCCGAAGAAGAACAGCACCGACGUCGUGCUGUUGCAGCCGCAGAGAUCGAGCAGCGUCGACGCGCUCGACUUCGCGGUGGGGCCCAUGUUCUUUGAAGAGUUUCUCAAGAAUGAAAAAGAGUCCGAGAACGAGAAGGGCAAGGAGGAAGAGGAAGAGGAAGAGGAAGAGGAAGAAGAAGAAGGAUUGGAGAUGGAGAUGUGGGCCCGGUUCGCGGGAACCGGGUUCUGGCGGAGCGAGUCUCAGCGUCAACCCUAA